AUGGCGUUGACUGCUCCCAUCACCACAAGGCGGUGGACUGCCGCCGAGCUUGGUCUGGAGUCCGAAUACCCUCAACAAGGAUUACUACAUGAAUUCGGACAACCCUCACAAUCCUUUUCCGCUUGGAAUCCACAUUCAAGUUUAUUGCAAGAUGGUUUGCCAGACCCCCAAGCAGUUCCAGGAAAAAACAAGCGCAAAUACGACCAUCUGAAAUGUUCUAGCUCCGAGUCCUUCUCAACUUUAAACCCCCAAUCCCGCCAUGAGGGCCAAUCGAAUGCCGAUGAGCUUCAAAUGGCAAUGGAACGCCAGCUGCCCACCCCCUCCCCCUCCUCCCUCGCCUCCCUCCUCAACCCAGUCAUCCACUCCCCCCCACCAGCAGCACCCAGCCAGCACCACCACCACCACCACCACCACCUCCGCCACCACCAGCAAGACCCGCUCUUCAGGAAACUCCACCAUCCCAAACAGAUCAUCAGCCACCACAAGCCAACCAUGUCCACACUCACCCAGAACCAUCUCCAGCUAACCUCAUCCGCAUCCGCAACCGAACAGCAGCAGCAACACCACCACCACCACCAGCAGCCGCCCUUCAAACAUCCCACCUCAGCAGCCUCAACUGCCUCAUCCUCAACAUCCCCAUCACUCACCAUCGAGAGCAACCUGGAAGAAUCCAUCUUCGGCAUCGCCCCCUUCAACGACUUCACCUGGACCAUCGCCCAAUUCAUCUGGCAACACUCGCGCGAAUACUGGCUGAGGGGGGAAGCCCAUCUGGUCGAAGUCGAAGCAAAACUAGGGACGAUCAGAGACCGGUCCAAGCAGUCUGAACGGAUCGAAUACCCAAUCGCAACCGAAUCACCCAUCCUCAACACCGCCCACACCAAGUUCCAGUCCGACAUGCCCCCCAGCCACCAUGCCAACCUCAACCGGCUCCUCAACCAACGGGUCACCGAGACCAAUGCACCCGGCUACUGCGGCGCUAAGGUCGACUAUCUCCAUCUCAAACAGGUCGACGAGUUCCAUCAGGGCAAGGUCAGAGUCAGCCGCGACUCCUCCGGAAACAAAUCCCCGCCCCGCUCGAUCAUCAAAGAGAAACUCGCACAUCUAGAUAUCCACUGUCCAGGCCGAUCAUUCGACUUCAGAAUCUCAGUCAACAUCGAACAUCCUGUUCCUCUCCCUCCCGAACACUCUACUCCAACUUUCAGACGGAUCAAGGACCGCCUAUCGUAUUCACACCAAAUAACCCAGAUCGAUCUAACACAAGUGAAAUCGACAGACCAGAACGCCUCGACAUCGACGCACGAGGUGGAGGUGGAGUUCAAGGACUCGACCGAGCUGUUACGCGCGGCGUCGAUCUGGGCGAGCGAGCGCGAGGAGGGCGAAGGAGGGGCAAGCAGGAACGGAGACCGGCCAGAGGACGACCAGCGACCCUCCUCGGCCCGCAGACUCAGUCGCUCUCAGCACCAGCUUCUCGACGCGCAGGAGUAUCUGCUCAUGGUCGACGUCUUGUUGAAUAAUGUUCGCAUGCUUAUCCGUAAUUGUUAA